AGUUCAAACAGUUUUUCUCUGUGCCGGAGGAACGACCGUUUUUCUUCACUUCGGGCCACCAACCAGUGGUAGAUAUGGACGUAACAAACGAAGUGCACUCUAACAGUGUUCUACAAGAGCUGAACGAACAGAGGGGGCGGGCAGAGCUGACUGACGUGGUUCUGGAGGUGGAAGGAAGAAGUUUCCCCUGCCAUCGCGCUGUCCUGGCAUCGUGCAGCCCCUACUUCCGUACCAUGUUCACCAGCGGCUACGCGGAGGCCAAACAGGAGAGGAUCAGCAUCCAGGAUGUGAGUGGGGUAACCAUGGCAACCAUUCUGGACUACGCCUACACCGGCCGCCUUCAGAUAGACCCAGACCAGGUCCAGGCUGUGAUGUCUGCAGCCAGACUGCUGCAGGUGGAUUUUGUAGGUCGUAAGGCAGCAGAAUACAUGAAGGACCGUCUGGACGUGUCCAACUGUGUGGAUGUGUUGAUGUAUGCUGACAUGCUGGCAGACUGUGGGCUAGUCGAGGCCAGUAAGAGGUACAUGGCAUCCAGGUUUGACCAGAUGGCUACACAAUCAUCAUUUGUCCAGUUGCCUCUGAACCACCUCCAGUCAUUGCUUGGCAGGGAUGAUGUAAUGACCAACUCAGAAGACAACGUUGUGCAAGCUGCUUUGAGAUGGGUCGACUUCAACCAAGAAGAGCGUUUGCAGCACCUUUCUACCCUUUGCAAAUCAUUGCGACAGUCCCUUAUCAGCUCAAAAAUGGAUGUUGAAAUUCAGAGUAAGUUAGUGUCUACAGGCAGCAAGUUAGUUUAUAGUGACAGUACAACCCAGCGGCUGGGACAGGUGCGAACUGAACUGCAGGUUUUCAUAAGAGAAGGUUACUCGGAGGAUGAUUCUGAUGAAUGUUCUACUCCUUGCUAUGACCCUUCCACAGGUCGACUGUAUGCAAUGAAUAUGCCUGAGAACCUGGACAGCUUCUCUAGAUCUGUGACAGUAACUACUGAUAAUGAGCUGUACAUGGCAGUUGAAAUUGUUACUAGUAGAGAAACUGGUAUGGAUGACAGACAGAAGAAAUUUUACCAGUACAACCACCUCCUGAACACCUGGGAACCAAGGUGUGAGAUGAUUACACCCAGAGCCAGCUGUGGUCUGGUGUAUCUGAAGGGGUACAUUUAUGCCAUUGGUGGUGAUGACACCAAGGAAACUGCAGAGAGAUACGAUCCUCGCUUUGAUGAGUGGACGUCCAUACCACCCCUCCCUCAGCCCAUGUCCUCGGAAUUCUUUGCAGUGACUCUCAAUGACAGCAUCUAUGUCAUAAAUAAGAAAGGCUGCUACAGCUUCAGUACCACAGAGAACAAGUGGAGUAAGAUAGCAGACAUGCUUCAGAAAACACUGCGUCCUCAGGCUGUCACCUAUCAGGGAUGCAUCUACUGUAUAGACUGCAAAGAAGACUGUGGAAACAAUGCCACUAGUUGUGUAGAGGUGUACAACCCUAAAAAAGAUGAGUGGAAGAGGACAGGAAAAGGUGCUUUUUUCUUUGACACAGCAACCCUGAUGAAGUAUGGAAAGACUCUGUAUCUCCUCACCGAACACAAUACCGACUUGGACGCAAAUGAUAUUGAAAUGGACAUUAAUCACACAACACUUCUCAUUCACCAGUACCAGCCAAAGACAGACACCUGGCAGUUUCUAAAGGAAGACAGGAUGGUUCCCCCCUUGGCACGGUGGCUGAAUUCCGCAAGUAAGGCAGAGUGCCUGACGGUAAGGAUGAUCCCAAUGUGCCUUGGGGAUCCAAAGGCAUACGAGCGCGAUUAUCGUGGUUUAGGUGACUCCAGUUUCGUACAGUCCUUCGGAAGCUCAGACAACAGUGACAGUGAUGACCUAUCGGACCAAGAGGACAGUGAUGAGGAUGAUUCUGAUGAAGACAGACAGAGUGGAACUGAUGAUGCAGACAUCUGAGAUGCUGGAACAUCAUAGAAGAUGUUUCUGAUCUAGUCACAGAGAAGUUGUGUAAAAGUUUUUUAAACAUUACUCAUUGCUACAAGAUAAGAUCCACACGAACACAUUUCCAAAGUUACCAAAAAUACUGGCCAUUUGUGAAACGUCUAUCCGUGUGUGCAGGCGCUACGCUCCAUCCCGGAGCAUGCAGACCUGAGUGAGUGAGUGAGUGAGAGACUAUGACGCUCCUAAAUGUGGAACGUCAUGAUUGAGAAGUUGGAAGAUAUAAUCCAUUUAAAGCCUUGUUUUUCAGAUUGUGCAAUACUGAAACCAUUACACCCCCACCUAACUCCUUCAGCUUUUUCCCCUACCCGUUCACCUUUUCCUGCCGGACUUCCCCUUAACCCCCGUUGUACUUCAUCUGUGCCCCCGUCCUUCAUCUUUACCCCCGGUGUAAUUCCGCUUUUCCCCCGCCCUUCUGCUUGACCCCCAAUGGCCGCCGUCAACCCGAAUUGCACAUAGUCGACACGAAAAUCGUUUGGAAAGUAACAAUAACGGCUGCGCCCGGAACACGAAAUAGCCUAUUCUCUAGAAUACAUUCUGGGCCACCUUUCUGCCAAGUGGCGUUUCACAGCUCCUUCCCAGUCUGAACUGAAAAGCCAUGUGCCGUCAGCAGCGCAUCGUUUGUGGCGCUCCACUGCUACCGCUACUUCCUAGAGGCUGGGUGGUGGACCGCUUGAGGUCUGCGCGCUGUGCUAAGGCGAUCGGGCGCUAAGCUUGGCAUUGAUAUGGUUACCCUGGGACUAACAGGUCGUUCUGUUAAAAGAGAGACACACCGACCCAGGUUGGAAACAACGCAGGUAAAAGUCCCCGUGUCGAUCCGAGGAGCAGGGUCGCGCCCGUGAAUAGGCCUGUCUCAGCCCGAUCAGCAUAGUGGGACCCAAGUUACCCAACUAUGGAUUUUUAUCUCACUGUGACUUUUCGGUAUGCUAAGUAAAGGCAGAGUACAUUUCAUAAUACAAAUAUACCCUUUAUUAUUUUUCACAAACUCGCCAUGUGUCCAUUUACAGUACCUUAGUAAAGAUAUCAUUUGCUAUCUUCAUACAUUUCUAAUGAUCUUUCUUGAUAUUCGCAUGUAUUGUACGCCCUGCUGCAUUUCGACUGUGUUCGUUCUGCAUGCCAUAUAUUAAAGAUCCAGCCACCCCGCGAGUUACACUGUUCACAAACACAAAUACAGACACACAGUACUGCAGUAAGCGGUCCGCCACCCAGCCACCAGUUAGUUGCAUUUAUGUACAUGGAGCCCACAAACGACGCGCUGCUGACGGCACAUG